AUGGCGGCGGGGGGUGUGUGGGUGUUCCGAAAGGACGGGGUGAUGGAGCCGCAGAGCGCGGCCGGAGGGUCGCCAACGGGCCAGGGCGUCGGCGGCCACAAGGCGCUGGUGUACCUGCCGGCUAACGAGCCCAUGCGGUCGCUGGAGGCGCUGGAGCGGCGGCUGGGGUCGCUGGGUUGGGAGCGCUACUACGAAAACGGAGACAUCGUGCAGCUCCACCGUCGCGACGGCGGGGUCGACCUCAUCGCCCUCCCGCGUGACUUUACGCGGUUCCGCUCCAACCACAUGUACGACAUCGUCGUCAAGAACCGACACCACUUCAAGGUCGUCGACCUCUAGGCAUGCAUGAUACUCCCUCCGUUCGAAAAUACUUGUCAUCGAAGUGGAGAAAAUGAGUUGUAUCUGGGACUAAAAUACGUUGAGAUACAUCCCUUUUUAUCCAUUUUGAUCACAAGUAUUUCCGGGCCGAGGGACUGCAUUAUUUACAUACCCCCUCCGUCUCAAAAUAAGUGUCUCAAUUUGUACUAACUCCAGUAUAAAGUUGUAUUAAGCCUCAGACACUUAUUUUGAGACGGAGGUACUACUUAC